AUGACAAUCACAGUAUAUGCGGAUGAACUCCUACGCCUAACCGUCGAUGAUAUUGGAGAUGAGCAGUUCUUCGAGAUCAAAGACCGAGAGAACGAGACUGAGGAACACAUAGCACAUUUACGAAAACUCGCUCAUGAACGCGAUGAGAGGGAUCGGUCGCGGGCGGUGGACGCAGGUGAACUUAGCAGACGACUAGGGUACAAGCGAUUCACCCAGAAGGAUAACGCUGACCGCAAAUAUAGAUGUCUUCCCACCACAGAUUCACCCAUCCUUUCCUCCAACCGUCACCGCUCGCCGUCUAGUUCGUCUCUCGACAGCGAAAGAGAUAAAGCGGGGGCUUGGAAAGAGCAGCUGGAAUCCAAUCAUGAAUUACUGGCCGACAGAGGUCGACCGUCUUAUCCUAUAGAUCUCAGGUGA